AUGCUUAGGCUUCUGAAUCAAUUACAACCCUCUUCACAGUGCCAGGAUUCUUGCAGGCUAAUCAGCUCAGCCCCAACGCCAAACUCAUCGAUCAACCUGAUUGGGAUCAAUCGGAGUCGUACGUCUGAUUUCACAUGUCAGCAAGAUUCGGGUUAUAGUAGUUGUGCCCUUGAAGCUGGCAUUGUGUCUCGAGGGCUUAUAUUGCCUCGAAGUGGACCCAUAGACUUGGUGCUCGAAAAUGCAAACUCAUCAACUAAUGAUGUGCCUUGGCUACCCAGAACUGUUUCUCCAGACAUAAUAGAGAAUGAUUUCGGUGAUACUUUCAGUGGUGAUCCCGACCUUCACUUCCAUGCUAUAUUACGCUCCGACACUAUUUGCAACGAUACAUGCAGCACCAAAGGCACAGAGGUUUCUUCAAUUUAUAAUGCUUUCACAUUAUUUUCACGCGAAUCUUCUUCUCAUAAUUUAUCUGCUGUCUACUCUACCCCAUCGACCUAUCGCCAGGUUUCUGAUCUAUGUAGUGUCUCUGGCUGUCAAGAUCUCCUUAGGCCCGAGGCGAAUGCCUGCACGAAUGGCCUAUCUUUUCAUCCAUAUGCAACUGUCUCGUCAGAGCAAUCUUUGCCGGCGAGUCCCGGAAAUUUAAAACUUGGCACAAGAUCUCGUUUGAAGCUGGAUUUACUCACAUACCGGCCUCAAUCACGUGUCAAGGAGGUCUUAUCUGAGCUUCCUGUAUCGAUUCAGGUAGGUAGAUUUUGUGACUAG